ACGAGGUGUUUUAUUGCGAAGGUAUUUUGUAGUUUUUAUUGAUAAUUUAACGUCCUCCGUGUUUUUUUUGAAGCCCCUGAUUUCCGGAAAUGACCUUUUGGUUUCUAAGAAAUUCUGCCUGUGAUUUGAUUGGCUCACGACCCAUAUUAAGUUUAAGUAUCUUAGACACUUGCCCCAGCAUAUUUUCCUUCACUUGCUCGAAAAGUGUUCCUUUCUGCAUUUGGAAACCAGUUUUUUACGUAGAUUAUUACGUAGCCGAGGUAUGCGAUGAUUGAGGAAUAACUUUGUUAUCGACAAGCCCUUGCAAGUUACGCCGAAAACAGAGCACCGCCGGCAUCUGGCUUCCUCCUUGGACAUUUGAGAGGUGCUGUCAAUGGACGACUGGCGAGGCCAAAGAGGCAGAGGAAGUGGGGGUGGAAGAGGCCGUGGGAGGGGCGGUGGAAGAGGCCGCGGAAGAGGGGGUAGAAGGGGUCGUGGUGGCGGCGGAACUCCGAGAAACCAACCUGAGCUUAAGCUAGGAUUCGGGGAACUUCAAGCCCUUGAAACCAAAACCUCGGACGAAAUAAUCCUCCACUUAACAUCGAGUCGAUGUUUCCCAGCCACAGAGUAUUUAUUAAAACAGCAGUCAGUAAUGGAAGAUCACUGGAUUGUCUUGAUCGUUAGCAUUGUUACGAAAGCCUGUGACUGCAGCUCUAAGGAGGACCUGUUAAAGCUACUCAACCUGUUACGAGGGUCGUCGUUUCUCAAUUUGCAACUCAGACCAUAUUUAAACAUGCUAUCUGCUAACAGCUUACCUCCUUGUGACGUCGCAGUGUUUUUGAAAAAUGUUGUCAAGAUAAUGAGCGAAUUGCUCCGAAGAUUCCCGAGCUGUUAUGCUGAUCUUCCGGUGCCCGACCUGUACUGUGGAACAAAAAGGCUGUCUGACACGGGACAGUUGGUUGAUGGUGCCCUCGUCACAGAGGUAGAUGAACUAAUGAAAUUGAGAUCCGAGAAGGCCGAGGAGCUGAAGAGAAAGGAAGAUGAAGAACGUCAGAAAAGAAGGCAGCCUCGCAGAGAUGCUGAGAUGAACGAUGAUGUUGAUCCACCCGAUAGUUUCCGCUGGCUCUCUGUUGUUCCAACUCAGGAAGACAUCUUGUCUGAAGGACGGCCCUUUCUCAGAAGGAACAAAAUUGAUGGGAGCUACAACGAUGCGGAACAUUAUUUGGACGUACAAUUUCGACUCCUUCGUGAAGACUUUGUGCGGCCCCUCCGUGAGGGGAUCGCGCAGUUGCUGGAGCGUAUGGGGUCCACUAGGAUUGGUGCACUACAGUCCUUACAAGACAUACGUGUGUACAGUAAUGUUCGGUUGUUGUAUCCUGUAUGUACCUCCAACGGCAUCCGCUACCGGAUCAAGUUUGACAACUCCAGACUCAGGCAUGUAAGCUGGGAGAACAGCAAACGGCUCAUCUUCGGCUCACUGAUUUGUUUGUCCAAGGACAACUUUAAUAGUUUUGUCCUUGCCACUGUGGCCGAUCGAGAGCUGUGGGACAUAAGCUGGGGAAUACUGAACAUUCAGGUUAUACGUCUAUACGAUCAAGCAAGACUUGAAGAAGGUGACGUGUACCAGAUGGUAGAGAGUACUGCCUUCUUUGAAGCUUAUCGUCAUGUGCUGGAGGGCCUGAGGGAAAUUGAUCCAGCAGAACUGCCCUUCCAGAAGUACAUUGUAAAUUGCCAGAAAGAAGUGGAACCUCCUGCCUAUGUAAACCAACACGGAACCUUUGAUCUGACACCCAUCAUGAAGAAUCCACACUGGACUCCUACUGCUAGCACUGCAACGCCGCUACAAAGGCUGAAAUUACGGCGUUCACUCGGCUUGGGCAUGAAAGACGCGGUUGGAAAAGGAACAAAUAUUCCACUCCUGAACCUGGUCUCCUGGCCGUCUGCGGAAGAUCUGGGUCUAGAUGACUCUCAGUUCAAAGCGCUUCAGAUGGCGCUGACCAAAGAAUUCGCUGUCAUUCAAGGACCGCCGGGGACUGGAAAGACGUACAUUGGUUUGAAGAUUGCCAAUGUUUUACUGCAUAACAAGGAGAAGUGGGACAGUGGUAGAGCGUUUCGGUUUAACACCUAUCGGUUUGGCCAACGAGCCUCUUCUGGGCAUCGCCCAAUCCUUGUUGUCUGCUACACAAACCACGCCCUUGAUCAGUUUCUGGAAGGAAUCCAUCAGUUCCAUCCCGACGGAAUUGUGCGAGUUGGAGGGAGAAGUCAGAGUGAGACUAUGAAAGAGUGCAGUCUGUCGGAAUUGAAACACAAAAUGUAUCAGGACGAAGAAGUUCCCGAUGACAUCAGAUAUGCCAUUAGCAGUGCUCGUAAGAAACUGAACGACACCCGGUCAACGGUGGACGAGUCAUUGUAUGGGUUACAGAGAUGUCGCGAAGACGUACUAGAUGAAGACGAGUUGCGUAACCACGCCCGAAGCAUGACGUCCGCUCAUUACGAGUCUUUGAAGCAGCCGUUUGUUGAAAUUGCUGAAAAUAACGAGAGCUGUAUCAUGCAGUGGUUGCAGUUGUCCAUGGACUUGGCAAAUCCCAACCAAGGAGGGGGAGAAAAUACGGGAGCAGAAGCGGAAGCGGAAGUGGAAGGGGAAGAAGCAGAAAAGGAAGAUGACGAUAGCAAUCAGAACCCGGAUGUACGGUACGAAGCUGACGUCAUUCAGGAUCAAAGAAUUCUGAACGAUGAUGACAGUGAUGAUGACAUUGACGAUGGGCACAGUUCGAAGCCAGCUAGGAAAAAGGAGGAACUGGGCGCUGUGGAUCCUUCCGAUGUUAGCAGGAAAAGCGAGGAUGGAUGGAAAAUUCAGAAUGCUUAUCGCCUGAGAAGGAAAAUAAAAAGGAUCACGAUUCGCGAAGUGAGCAAAAAAGAUGUCAUGCCAGAUGAGAAAGCGAAAAUGGUUACAGAUGUUUGGAGUUUGAGCCUUGAAGACCGCUGGAGUCUGUACCGGCGAUGGCUGAUGGAUGUUCGCCAACACUACCGUCGCACCAUAUCCGACCAUCAGUAUAAAUUGAAUUGGGAUGUCAUGCGACUGAAGGAAGAAAAAGAAAAGUUAGACCUGAACAUACUUAUUGGUUCCGAUGUAAUUGGGAUGACCACGACUGAAGAGUAA